AUGUGUUUGACUAUUACUAAAUUUAUUGUUUAUUUAGCUGCAGAGAUUGAAGCCAAACUAAACCGCACGGUUGAUCCUUGCGAUGAUUUUUACAAAUUUGCUUGUGGCGGAUGGUUGCAAAAAACUCAAUUGAAUCAAUCAGAUUCAUACGUUUCUACGCUUACCGAGAUUACCGAACAAACGGAGAAGCAACUUCGAGAACUCUUAGAAGAACCACCUAAAGAAAGUGAUACGAAGUCUUUCAAAAAAGCAAAAACAAUAUAUUCGCAAUGCGUGACAAAAGAUAACAGUGAUGCGAACGGAAAUAUUAAUUUUACCGCCAUUUUAAGUAAAUACGCCGAAUGGCCACUAGUUAUGCCUUAUCGCAAUUGGGACGAUAAACAUUUGUCGUGGCAGAGUGUUAGCAGAGACUUACAUAAAAAUGGAUUUCAAAACGGCUUGUUUAAUAUAAAAGUUGUGCCGGACGCCCGAAAUGCUAACAGUAACGUCAUAUUUAUAAGUGAACCNGAGUUUUUAUUCUCGCGAGAUGUCAUGCUUAAGCUUAACGAAGAUGAAAUACAGAAAGAAAUGUACAUUAAUAUUAUCACCACUUUUGCGUUACAUUUAAUUGAGGAAACUAAUAGCACUGUCGACUUAUAUACUUUUACUCAAGAUGUAAAAGAUAUGGUAGAAUUUGAGAUAGAACUGGCUAACCGACGAACGAUUCUUCAACACUACGUAAACAUGAAUCACAUUUCUUUUUCGCUAACUAUUCAACAAUUGAUAAUAGAAUUGAGUUGCUUGACACUGUUCAAAGCGUCUUUGCGUCAGAAGGAAUUGCGAUUGGACACUCUGAGAAGCUCGUCGUACAACUUGAAACGUACUACUAUAUUCAUAACUUGGCUUAUUUACUAG